UGCAUCUGUGUCGGUGAUCGGAGGCGUGUCGUCGGAGCGCACGCCGGAGAGAAAACAUAGAGGCUGCAAUCUCGCGACUUCAAUUACCCCACGGCGGAUCGUGUUCGUGUACAAGUAGGAUUCCGGUUCAGGCAAGGCAGGCAUGUUUCGUCCGGCGUUCGGAGUCGCGGCGAGGACCCUGCUGUGGCGGUUCUGCGGCCAGGCCACGGCUGCUCGAUCUCUGUCGAGGCCGGUCGGAGCUAGCAUGCUAAGAUACCUACACUCUCAGCAGGCGAAUGCUGCAGUUGCUACUGCUGGCCACCGCUAUGGCCUUUUUCGCAGGUACCUCAAACCGCAUGCCAUGGGAAUAGCCGGAGUUGGUGUUGGACUUUGGUACACCAACAAGAAACUCCCCCGGUUAUACAAUGGACUUUGGUACGCGAUAAGAUUAUGAACAAGAGCCCCAUCCUGUCAGAGAUUGGACUUUGGUAUGAUAAGAUUAUUAAAAGGGACCUACCUCCAUCAGAGAUUGACUGGGAUGUCCCUUCCGGUGCCGACGUCUCUGAAGCUGACUGGGUUAAAACUUGUGUCGUCUCUUCGGCAGACUGGGUCGCCGAGGUUGAUUGGGUUGAAGCUGGUGCGGCCUCUCCGGUUGUGAGGAAUCAACGUCAUUGUGGCUGCUGUUGGGCGAUGGCUGCUGCAGCCUCAGUCGAGGCUAUGCAUUACCUGAAGACCUCCAAGUCAAUCUCGCUAUCUGUUCAAGAGCUCAUCGACUGUGACACAAAGAGCAAAGGGUGUGACAGCGGCCUCAUACAGAAUGCUUUAAGGUAUGUACAAGAAAAUGGGCUCUCAAGUGAACCCCACUACCCAUACAAGGGUGAGAGGAGUAUAUCGGGUUGCAAGCAGAACAAAAUAGCAGCAACAUCAAGGAUAUCUGGGUUUCAAUUUGUCGACCCAACCGAGGAUGCUCUAGAGAAAGCGGUAGCUAGGCAGCCUGUGGUUGUCAGUUUGCACUGUUCUGAUGGCCUGAUGAGGUACUACAAAGGAGGCAUCGUGGAUUAUGAACCUGUCAGCGGCAUGACCAACGAGGAACACUAUGUCCUGAUUGUUGGUUAUGGCAUCGAUUCCAAUGGCGUCAAAUACUGGCACUUCAAGAACUCGUGGGGACCAAACUGGGGCGAAGGGGGGUUUGGGAGGAUCCGCAGGCAUGUUGACGACAAACGAGGAGCGUUGGGGAUUUUCCUGAAACAAGGAGUAUAUCCGGUGCUUAAUUAAGGACUGAUGACCUUUUCAUGUAAGGCUGGAUCUUUCUUUUGUUAGCAAAAUUGUACCCCUUGCCCAGUUGCAAUGAUACAUUCAUUUUACCUUUGCUGGUGUAAUUGCAGCUUACAAUCUUCUUGUCUAUGUGGUGAAUCUAGUCUAUGUUGGAGAUCUUCCUAGCGAAACUUUAUCUUCCUUCAUCUAUAUUUUGCUAGUGAAAAUUAUUGCCCGUAGAUCCUUCACUGUAAGACUUUG